AUGUCCACCGAAAUCGAAAACCUCAAGACCUACGAUCCCUUCGCCGAAGCCGACGAGGACUCGGGCAAGACCAAACAGACCCAGGAGUAUAUCCAUAUCCGCAUUCAGCAGCGUAAUGGACGUAAAACUCUGACCACCGUUCAGGGUAUUCCGAGCAAGUUCGACCACAAGAAGAUUCUUAAGGUUGUCAAGAAAGAGUUCGCUUGCAAUGGCACCAUCAUCAGUGACACCGAGAUGGGCGAGGUGAUCCAGCUCCAGGGUGAUCAGCGUACCAAGAUCAAGGAGUUCCUCACUGAUAAGGAGAAUGGCCUCGGCCUCGAUGACAAGACCAUCAAGGUGCACGGCUUCUAA